GUAUUUGCGGUUUGUUUACAGCUGGCUCCGUGUCAUAUCUGCUGUGAACUGCAAACCACCUCGGCUCUACAGUUUCAUGUUAAAAAAGGAGACAUUUAAAGGCUGAUGUUCGUCUGUCUGUCGGCUCGGAAUGGCAGAGGAGAACCAACCCGGAGUUAACAGGUAUAAACAAACAUGAUUUUAAUCAUAACGACCUUUGAUAUGAACAGUCUGUGCAGAGGAGACCGGUCUGCUGCACACUUUCUCAGUGAGUAAACAUAUCCACACUCUCUGAAACCGAAACUAAACUUCAUUAUGUUGCAAAGUAUUUCUGUAUUAGUUAUUAAUGAAUGCAGCCAUGCAAUAUGCAACACUUAAGGUUGGUUUGCAUGUAUGGUUUGCAUUUGAAACUGUAAUUAUUCCAAGUAUUUCAGCACAGUUGGUAAGUUUCGUUUUCCCAGCCUGAGGUUCACUUUCGUUUUCUCCCUCCUCCUCCUCCUCCUCCUCCUCAGUGUUGUUCCCGAUGAUGAAGGACGAGAAAAGUUUAAGAAGAGUGAUAAUGUCGCUUUUUACAAGUAAGUUGAACAGAAAAUAUCAGUGUUAUUUCACCCUAUUUAUGCACAUAAAUACCUGACAUGAUCCCCCUCAGUUACCUGUAUUUGGUGAUACAUUUUCACAGGUGUGUUCAGCAGGAUUAAAGCAUACUUAUCUCCUAUUUUUAAACUUAUGAUUAUUAUAUCUAAGGCGACAGAUGCAGGGCUCAAACAUGCAGUACAAAGCUCUUUUGGAGACCAUGGUGCUCACAGAGAAGGGGGCUCGUUUUGAACUGCUGGAGUCCUACACUCAGGUCAGUACAAACUUUAACUCUUAGAAAAAUAAAAGCUUUAACUGUUUGAUCACAUUGAAGUCUAUUUGAUCACUGUCAUAUAUCCAACUUUAACAUAACUAUUUGGAUACUUUUCUCUUAGAGGAGUUUUUGACUGAUUAUAAGUAUAUAAUUAAACUUCCUCUUUAUGCCCUAAAAAGAGAAAUAAAACCAAGACAGUUGGAAUUUCUAUAUCCUAAUUUUGAGAAUUAUUUAUAGAAAUACCUACUUUUCUAUCUCAGAACCGUGGUCUAGAAACAUAAAUAUUCUUCCAUACUUUAUUUUUUAUUUUCCAUACUUUUUAAAACCUGGAAAUUAAGCAAAUUUAUUUCCAUACUUGCAUAGGAACCCUGCUAAGAACAACAAAAAUAAUGAAAAUGGCGCCUGAGGUAUUUCAAAUCUAACAUCAGAGAGUUAGUUAAAGGGAUAUUCUGGUGUAAAAUUAGUUCAGGGUCAAACACACCGUAACACAGAGUUAAACACCCCCUCGAGGGAUGAUUGUUGCCGACCGCUUGCUUCUCUAGUUAUACCAACUUAAGUAACGUGUCUGCUUUUUUUCAGACUAAACUGCUCCUUUCUGUGACGCCAUGCAAAAAUGACACCGUAAAGAUCCUAAUAGAUGAACUCCAGCCCAUUAAACCACGUUUCAGAGUCCCAGAUGUGGUGACGAAGGAGCCACAGUGUGAACCGUAAGAUCCGCAUCAGAUCAGAUUCCCCCCUUAACGCUUCACUCCUCUGUUUAAUGCACUUAAAGCAUCUAGACCUAAAACUUGGUCUAGAUGUUGCCAGAUUUGUGGAAUUGCUGCAGUACUUGAACGUUUUUGACCCCGUUAUUUCAACCCCCCCUUUAAGGUUGAGAGUGGUCAGACAGUCUCAGCACUCCGUCACCCUGUCCUGGUCGGAGGGAUGUUAUCAGGUUUGCGUGUGGCACUCCCCUUUUCGACUGGAGAUCCUGUGUGAGGAGCAGGUGAUGGUAACGUUCAACUCCAGAGGAAAACUGUGGUUCGAGAUGUUGCAGGAUCCGUCCAGGUGAGGAUCUCAGGGAUGGUAACAGAUCAGCACAUACAGUCAAAGAAAUCACACAUUUUUCCUUCUUUUUUUUCCCAUCAGGGCCAUGUCUCAAAGAAGUGAGGUAGGAGAUAACAGACACAGAUUAAAACCACAACCUGACAUUACCUAGACUUUUACCCUGGUGUAAAUUCUUCGUUCUCUUUUGCAGCUUCAAGAAAAUAACGCAGGAGGUCUCUGGAGGGAGACUUUCAGGCAGUUUGAAGACAUCAAAGCUAACGGUUUGUUUCGUGCUUUUAAAGGAAAUUAACUUCGACCCGUUUGUCUUCCUCAGUCCGAUCAGUCAGACAUGCUUCUUCUUCAUCUCCAGGUCCCAGCAGCGUUGGAUCUGACCUCUGCCUUCAUGGUUUCAGUCAUGUUUACGGUCUACCGGAGCACGCCGACGGCCUCCAGCUCAAAGACACCAGGUGUGUAAAUGUAUACAAGCAGCAGAGAAAUAAAACCCUUCUCACACAUGAGGGUCACUCCUGAAAAUGUCCACGAAUUGUGCGAAUCAGCCGCAGACAAACAGACUUUAUUUAGACUUUUUCCUGCCAAUCUUAAGAGAGAAAUGUUGAGAUGAGGACAGGGAAAGUCGACUUCAUGCAACGGAUGUGAGACCUGUGUGAUCUGACACAAAAUCAGAAACUGUCAACAAAGACAGACAUAAUCCUCCACUGUGGCAUGUGGGAGUGGGAAAAACCUCAUGAGCAGGCUGUUGUUGUCCUAAAUUUUUCCAGAGAUUGUCAGGAGUGCAUGUGAGAAAGCUGCUAAGCUGCUGUUUUAUGUAAAGAGUAUUUGUUGCUCUCAGUUUGUGUUUCUCUCCCUGCCUGGUGAUAGCAGAUGGAAAUUUGAGGUCUCUGUAUUUUCACAAACAGUAGAUAGAAAAACUGAGGAAGUGUAUAAAAUUCAUGUUUCUUCCUCGUGUCUUCUCUUGUUUUCUUUCCACAGAGCCAGUGAACCGUAUCGGCUCUACAACCUGGACGUCUUUGCCUACGAGCUCUUCAGUCGCCUCGGCUUGUACGGGUCUGUGCCGCUGCUGGUGGCUCACAAACCUGACAGGACUCUGGGUUUAUUCUGGCUGAAUGCAUCUGAAACAUUCGUGAACGUUUACUACAGCCCGUCUGAUCAACAGGUAGAUUAUCUUUCCGCUGCUGAGCUCAUGUUACCUGCCACUGCCCUUCAGGAGCUGUUCACUCCCACUAUCUCACUGGAUGUUACUCUGUUUACACUCAAACUCAGGGCAAGUUUCAGUCAUUUUCAGGACGUGCAGACACUGAUAUUUUCAGGGAUUGCUCAACUAUUUCUGGCAACUUAAGCAAACAAAUCUUUCUGGUUAAGGUCUGCAAAUUUUUAGGGAUGAAGUUUGUGUGAAAGCAGGUCUUUUAAGGCUUCUGCUGUUUCCUUUCCAAGUAUUCCUCGCCACGGAAAGAAAUAAUCGUGUUUUUAACUCUGUAAGAACAGAAAACCUUUUACUAACUAAAUGUGUUACCUCCGCUCCUCUCUCAGGGUGAUCAGUCGCCUCUGCUGAAGAAAAGGAGAAAACAGCCUCAGACCGACGUCCGCUGGCUGUCAGAGAGCGGUGUGAUCGACUGUACUGUUCUGCUUGGGCCCGGUCCAAAGCAUCUCUUCUCCCAGUAUGCUCAGCUGACAGGUGUGUGUGAACGAGGGAUAUUUUUCAGGACAGGUGUUACAUGGUGACAGAAAAAGGAAUAGAUUAUUGAAUUCAUAUAUCAUAAAAGAUGCUGAAAAUCUGACUGUAAACUUCCCUCCUCUCCCCUCCUUGUGUCAGGGUAUCAAGCCCUCCCCCCUCUCUUCUCCCUCGGGUACCAUCAGAGUCGCUGGAACUACAAAAAUGAAGCCGAUGUUAAGGCUGUAGAUGCUGGGUUCGACCUCCACGACAUCCCGUACGACGUUAUCUGGUUGGACAUCGAGCACACGGAUGGGAAGCGUUACUUCACCUGGGAUCCUGCUCUUUUCCCCGAUCCGGCGGGCCUGCAGCGCCACCUGGAGAAGAAGAAGAGAAAGGUUGGUUGAAAGAUGCAUGAUGUAUUUUUGUGUCACAAAUUUCUUUAUUUCUUUUUAAUCGAUUUCUUCCUCCUCUUUCAGCUGGUUGUUAUAAGUGACCCCCACAUUAAGGUGGAUCCUGAUUGGUCGCUGUACUGUGAGGCCAAAGAUGGAGGGCAUUUCGUCAAGAGCAGAGAGGGGCAGAUCUACAGGGGCUCAUGCUGGCCUGGUAACAAGUUUUAGGGUGUUGUCAUCUGCAAAUCUGAGAUAACAUGUUUUGAAAGAGACGCUGAGCUCGUUUUGAGCUCAAUCAGACAAAUAAAACUCGAUUUUGUGAUUGACUGUCUCAGGGGAAUCCUGUUACCUGGACUUUAGCAACCCAGACACCCGAGCGUGGUACUCCAGGUGUUACAGCCUGGAUAAGUACAAGGUGAGUGGACAAUCAAGACAAAACUGGUCCCUGGUGACGAUAUCCUCGCACAAAGAGAAAAACAAAAGCAAACAUCCUGUUGUUCGAUUACGUUUGUGGUUUCAUCUGCUGCAGGGAUCAACUGCAUCUUUAUUCAUAUGGAACGAUAUGAACGAACCGUCUGUGUUUGACGGGCCGGAGCAGACAAUGCCCAAAGACGCAGUGCAUCAUGGGGGCUGGGAACAUCGGGAACUACACAACCUGUAUGGCUUCCACCAGGUGAGUGGGUUCAUUUUGGUGUUUUAAAAUCGUCUGUGCAGAAUAAUUAUGACUCUUUUUCGUGUUUAUGUUGCAGCACAUGGCCACGUUUGAGGGUCUGCUCACUCGCUCAGGUGGUUCUGAGAGACCGUUUGUGCUUUCGCGCUCCUUUUACGCCGGAUCACAGAGAUUUGGUAUCUUUUUCAGAAUGAAAACUCAUUUGGCCCUCAGUUUCUUUAUGGUUUUAAACUGAACUGGGCCUGAACUGUUUGUUGUGGUUUUGUGUAUUUGGUGGCAGGAGCAGUGUGGACCGGUGACAACGUCGCUUCAUGGGAAUAUCUGAAGAUCUCGGUCCCGAUGCUUUUGUCACUGAGUGUGGCGGGCAUAGGAUUCUGUGGAGGUGAGGGAUGUUGUGUGCACAUAUGUGGAUAUAAUAAGAAGGACGUAUGUAUGUAAGCCAAGUUAAACAGCUAUUUUAACAAGUGCAGCAUUUUAAACUCAGAGUUGUGUUACUGUAAAUAUUUUUCUGUUCAUUAUACAAAAUCAAAGUCUUCUGCAUGUACUAGAGGAUUAUCAAAACUGAAGGUUGAAAUUCAAGACAAGUUCUCCUGAAUAGUUAGAUCACUUUAUUUCACAUAACAUGUUGUUACGUUACAUCACAGUUUGUUGUGAUCCGUUCUGUUACGUUCUGUUAUUUGUUACAUUACAUUUUGAUUUUUGUUGAGUUUUGUUACAUGACGAUACGUUCCGUUGUGUUGUUAUGUUCCGUUGUGUUACAUUAUUCGUUAUAUUUUGUUACACUAUGUUUUGAUUUAUUUAAUUAAGUUUUGUUUCAUUACACUAAGUUCCGUUGCGUUCCGUUGUGUUACAUUCUGUUGUGUUACUUUAUUCGUUACAUUUUGUUACACUAUGUUUUGAUUUAUUUCAUUAAGUUUUGUCUCAUUAUACUACGUACUGUUGCGUUACGAUCCGUUGUGUUACGUUCUGUUGUGUUACAUUCCGUUCUAUUACACUACAUUUAUGUCAUGUUACAUCACAUUGUAUUGGAUUGCAUUGUAAUUUGUAACAUUACGUUGCAUUAGAAUAUGUAGCAGUUCAUUAAAUGACCUUGUUGUGUUACACAGCACUGCAUGGAAUUGAAGAAAACUGCACAGCAUGUCACUGUGUUGCAGCUCAAUGAUAUUCAUAGAUUACCGUAUAAUUCUAUGAUUUAAUAAUAAUUUUUAUUAAACUGAUUGUAAUAACUUUAUUUAACAAGCACUUUGUAUGAUACUGCAUCAUAUCUUCAUUUAUUGUAUAAUAUUGCUGAGAAAUUUAAUACUUGUUUGGUGUACCAUAUUGCUUCAUAUUCCCAUGCAUUCCAUCAUUUACAGUGUACUGUAUCAUACUGUCUGUCAUAUUUUAUUGUACUGUAUCCUAUAAUAUUGGAUUGAAUCUAAUUAUACUUUAUUUCUUGUUUCAUGUCCGUCCUCCCUCUCUAUAUCAGCCGACGUUGGUGGAUUUGUUAAAGAUCCUGAGCCAGAGCUGCUGGUUCGCUGGUACCAAGCAGCCGCUUUACAACCGUUCUUCAGAGGUCACUCUACAAUCGUGUCGAAGCGUCGGGAGCCCUGGCUGUUCGGCGAGGAGGUCACCUCUGCGAUCCGCACUGUGAUCGAGCAGAGGUUUGGUUCACAGUCCAGUAUCUUUUCUUCAAUAUUCUGUUUUUUUUUCCACCAGAUUAACUGAUCUUUUCUGGCCCAGUUCUCAUACCAGAAAACUUAAAAUUAACCCUCAUGGUCGAACAAAUCCAAGUCACACCUGAUUUCUCUUUCUUGGCAUGCUUAAUUCCAAUUUUCCUGUGAAUUUGUUGAAAUUUUCUGAUUGUCAUUGUCUGGUCUCUGUUCCUUAGAUACUGUUUGCUGCCGUAUUGGUACACUCUGUUCCACCAGGCUCACACUGCUGGUCUACCUCCACUUAGGUGAGUCUGCUGCCACCUGCUGCUGAAUAGAGGUACUGCAGGUUCAUGUAUGCUUCUGAUCAGCCACUGAACUCUCUGUAUUGUAACUUUUGGUGAUAGUUUAAUGAUGCUUUCUUGAUAAGAAAGAUGGAUGAUUGAAUUAACUUCCCGAUGUAAACCUUUCCAGACCUCUGUGGGUUGAAUUUCCGAGCGAGGAGAUCACCUUUACCGUGGACAAGCAGUACAUGAUUGGUGAGAAAUGAUUUUUUUUUUGUUUUGUCUCCGUUUUAAAUAUUUAAUGUUUGCUUUUUUUUUUAACCUUGUUGUCUCUGGUUUGUUGCAGGAGAAGCUCUUCUGGCCUGUCCUGUUACUGGACCCGGUGUAAAAGAAAUCCGAGUGUUACUUCCUGGAUCUGGUGAGGUAAAUCAACCUCCAUGUGACAUUUAUACUGUGUUUCAUCACCAUGAUAUUCCUCAAUUCUGAUGUUUUGAUGAUUUUUUCUGUGUAUUUUCAGGUUUGGUAUGAUGUCCACUCUGCAGAGGCGUUUAAAGGAGGAAGUAACGUGGUUCUUCCCGUCACUCUGGACACAGUUAGUCUUCUUUCUUUCUGAGAUUAGGGUUAGGGUCAAUACCACCUUAAUCAAAGCCGUCUAAGCUUAAUAAUUAUGUUUGAAAUCAGAUCAGAUCCCAGUUAAGUACUCAAGGUUUUUCUGGAGACUCUCUGUUAAUUUAUGUAGAUUAAUAAAAGACUCUGGUGGUGUUUUUUUCUCUCUGUGCAGGUCCCCGUGUUUCAGCGAGGCGGCUCCGUGGUCUGCAGGUCGGCAGGGAGUGGAUCCUGCGCGGCUGAUUUUCAGUGGCUCCCUCUCUCCAUCACUGUGGCCUUAAACUCUCAGGUUAACAUCAAACCAAUGAUCUUCCUUGAAAGAUGUUUUAGUUUCAUGUUCAUGUGAGGAAGCUUCCAGAACAUGUGACCAUGAGUAUUCAGGAGGUUUUGAAGAGGUGAAGCUGCUGUUUAGACCUGUGAUAUUUCAUUUUAUGAUAGUUCUGACCAUCUCUGUAACCCCGUCUUUCUGCAGGGGGAAGCUGAAGGUGAGUUGUACCUGGAUGACGGACACUCCUUCAGCUACCGGGACAGGAAGGCCUUCAGUCUGCGCAGGUUCACCAUGCUGUCAGGCCGUCUGCUCUGCCGGUGAGUCAUUUCUCACACCCCUAAAAAUAAACAGAUACCCCAGGAAGAUUAGAAAGAAAAGAAGAAAUCAAAGUUUUCUUUUAAACAAGUACAUUUUCAAGAGAAACCUUUAAAUUUUCCUCCAUAUCUUAACAAACGACUGUCUGGUUAUUGUACCCUGUAGUCCUGCAAGUAAAGAGGGAACGUUUGACUGUGAUACCGUCGUACAGUCCGUCACUUUCUUCGGCCUGAAGAGGAAACCGUCCACCGUGAUCGUGCGAGUGUCAGGUGAGGAGCUCUGCUAUUUAUGAGAGUGUUUUCACAGUUUGAUGUCGUUGUGUCUCAAAGUUUGUCGCUCAGUACAGGUUCACAGAGAUGACAGAAGGAUACAAGCGAGGUAUUUUCAUGCACACUCACAGAAAGGUUUUCCUUUUUAUCAGCAGGAGCUGGAGACACGGCCGCGGCGUUCCAGUUCACAGAAACCUGCUGCACGCUGACAGUGAACAACCUGAACCUCAGAGUGACGGCGGACUGGGAGAUCCAGAUAGGUUAACUGUGAAAAUGUCGCUCCUCUGAGGUUGAUUUGUCAGAACUGGAGGCAUGCUUUAAGCAGUAGACUCCAAAGUGGACUCAGCAUCUAUUACCACAUUUUUAGCAAACGUGAAGUUUUUUAAAGAACUGUGUGCUGUGUAGAAGUAUUUAUUUUACUGUGUUUGUUGAACCAAACCAAAGUCUAAAGUUACUAGAACAAAAAUCAAGAUUUAAUUGAGUUGAUGUUUGGGUUUUAUGUCAGAUGUGAUUGUGAAACUGAAUAAAAUCCAAACUGAUGUGCAGCUACCGACGA